UUCUUAACCCAAUCUCUCUGUAGUUGCUAUAGUUUGUUGUAUCUUUUCAGCUGGAAGAUAUUGUAGUUGCAUCACUUGUGCUGAUUCGAAUUUAGCCUUGAGAGUUAAUGCUUAUCUCGGUUUCAUGAAUGACUGCUGUUGUUUAUAUGGCCAAAGUUUAAAAGGGACAACUGCUUUCUAACAGAAUGGACCAAACCAAUUAAGGAUUGUGGUUAAGAGUCAAUUAGCACACGAACCAACGGCUUAUAACAGAAUGAACCAAACCAAUCAAGGAUAGUGGUUAAGAGUUAACUAGCACGUGAACCGACGCUUAGCUUGUGAUUAUGUAAAUAUUACUAAUUAUUAUUUCCUUAAAUUCCUUUUUACCUUUUCUACAUUUACCUAAAGAGAUAAUAAGACUUCACAAACAAAAGCCCUAAUUUCAAAAGCCCUAGUUUCUCUUCCGACUGCACAAAUUCAAAAGCCCUAGUUUCGAUUUCUGGAGUCUUUGCUCUUUUGUUUGUAAUUUUGGUGUUAAAGUUUGCAAUUUUUUUUGACGGAAAAGCAAAAGUUUGGAAAUUUGAGCUGAAGAGUUAAAAGAGAUGAAGAGAAGAAGGAGGGAUUUGAAACAAGCGGCGGAGUCAGAGCAGGAGGAACGUCAGAGCAUUGCCCACGUCGUCUCUCUCAGAGAUUCCGAUCAACUUCAGAUAAUGGAUGUAAAAGGAUGUUAUAACUCAUUAGCAUUGUUUCCAGCCCAAUUUCCUAUCAUACGAGAGAGAAGAAAAAGGAGAAAAUAUAUGUGCGAGAUUCCUUCGGAUCUCUUGAUGGAAAUUGUUAUGAGAUUGCCAGCAAAGUCCAUGGUGAGGUUCAAGUGCAUCUCCAAGCAGUGGUCAUCCUUCAUCUCUUGUCGAUAUUUUUGUAACCGUUUAUUUACUACUGUCACACGACAACAACAACCACAAGUAUACAUGUGUUUAGUGGACCAAGGCGGGCAACGUGUGCUGCUAUCCUUAUCAUCAACGUCUCCAGACAACACUUGUUAUGUGGUCGACCAAGAUUUGAGCAUCACUGGGAUGGGAGGCGUCUUCUUGAAUGCUGUCCGUGGCUUGUUGUGUUUCUCAGUAAGAAAAAAGGCAUGUAUCUAUAAUCCCACCACUAGACAGCUCUUGACCUUACCCGCUAUAAAAUCCGACAUCAUUGCUCAACAAGGUGAAAGGAAGGAUAUCCGGUAUUAUAUCGGACACGAUCCUGUUAAUGAUCAAUACAAACUAGUCUGCACGAUUGUGACAUCCUCUGCAUUUUUCAAAAAUGUAAAGUCAGAGCAUUGGGUCUUUGUACUAGAGGCGGGAGGUUCGUGGAGAAAGGUUGUUCCGCUGGAGAAUUACCAUCCUCAUGCUCCUGCCACAGUAGGACAGUUUAUCAAUGGAUCGGUAGUACAUUAUAUGGCUUGGCUUGAUAUGGAAACUUGUGCUGUUGUGAGUUUUGACAUGACGUCUGAAGAGUUGACUACCAUCCUAGUACCUCAGGAAGCCGGGGAUGUGGCUCUGCCUGCAGCUAGGAUGAAGGCGGGUCUUAUAGAGUAUGAUGGGAUAAUAGCUGUUUUCGAUCAUACCCACCUCAAAGAAAAGUGUUUGGUGGAUUUAUGGGUAUUGAAAGACGCUGGGAAGAAGGAAUGGUCGAAGAAGAGGCUGUUUUUAAAGCCUUGUCAAAAGCAUUUAGUCCAUGAUGACAUUGAACUGAUCGUAAAAGGUACAACUCAAGAUGGCAAGGUUAUCUUGGCACCGAUGAAGAUGCAUUCUCAAUUCUAUAUUUUGUGUUACGAUAUGGUAAGCAAUGACCUGAGGAAGGUUAAAAUCAAAGGAGUACUAGACAUUUGGUUUGGUAAGGAGUGCUAUUUCGACUUGAAGUACUCUAAGGAUGAGAGUGAGGCCGUCAUCUACUUGGAAACUUGACCAUUGACUUUGUUUGUCUAGCUGUUUAAGAAAAUACAACUGAGUUAAAAAAUUGUUUUUGCAAAAGAGUUAAUUUAAUUUUCUAAAAUAUGUAAAGAAAUGUUUCUCAGAACGAGCUUAGUCUCUUACUUAAAUGCUUUGCUUCAAGCAGUCUCACAACAUCUUAAGAAGAAUAGAAUCUCUCUGUAAAAGCUUGUAAUUACAUCCCUUCUCUUUCAUUAUCAGUCAUAAUGUUCUCAAUAUUUCUUUUGUAUUGUGAAGAGAGAUUAGUCCCUUGAACUUGGAUCGUUUAUAUUAUUAAUCAUGAACACAAAAGAGAAUGAGUCUAUUUAUUGACAGAUCCAUAUGCAAGACCUUUUAUACAUCCAAAGUCAACCAAUGUCAACAUCUUAUGUUCACUGAUAAAAAAUGUCAGUCUGAUAUAGAUGACCUUUUCUACAAGCAUGUCUCUCAGUUUGCACAAUUAAUUUGUUAGGAUGGUCAUAAUUGUCUGUUGUUGGUGUGAGGCUUAAACUAAUUCAUUAAACUAAUUAGUUUAAACAGAGACAGACUCAAAUUAAAACAAGAUUUGGACUCAAAAACAACUCAUGAUCUGAUCAAUGUCUCUGAUAUAUACACACGUCACCACAGUUAUAAGAGACUUGAGUCC